CUUGGGUGGCAGGGUAGUGGGGGGUGGGGGUGUCCCCUAGCCUCAGCAGCCGGAGGGCCUCAGGGAUCAGGUUCCCAGGGUAGCGCCAGAGAAGCAGCUCAGAGCAAGGGCUCCUGGAAAAGGAAAUAACAGCAUGGGGCUGAGGCUGGCCUGGAAGAGCCACCUCCCACCAGGUCCAGGUCCCCAAGAGCUCUUGGGCUGCCAGCACCUUCCAAGGAGCCAAGACGGGAAACAACAGAGGUUGGCUAGAAGCUAAAAAUAGCAGGAUGAGGCAGGGCCUAGAGACUGGCUCCAAGAUGGGGUGUGAUCCUCCAGAAGGCCCAGGCGGUGGAUGGUGCCUACCUGAGUGGGGGCAGAGAUGGGGGGAAAGCCAUGGGGGUGCUGCAGUAAGGGUGGUCAUUGUGCAGGCUGAGUCGAGAGAAGUGGGUGGCCAUGUUCUCUUCAGAAAGGAACUGUUUUCGCAAGGGCUCCCUGGGGAGAGACAGAAAAAAGGCAGGCUGGGAUAUUCACAUUGGUGGCAGUCUGAUGGGGACCUAAUGUGACAGAGGUCUUGGGAGUCCCUCCCUGCCCCCAAACUCACUGCUCCUCCUCCAGGCGCCGCUUGGUGCUCAUGGGCACAGCUCCUCGGAGAGGGGAGCUGGGAAGAAAAGAAAGCCAGGUGCACUCCACCCUCUUGGCCCCAUCCCCAGGAUCUGCUCUCCAGUGCCUGCAGUGUAAGCCAGGAAGUCCCCAGACCACCCGUCUCAGCUGACACCUAAGUCACCCCAUCUCCCAGCCUAGCCAGCAGCCUGCCUCAGAACUCUCAGCCGAGUCUCAGCUUAUGCCCAAGCCCUGCCGACUCGCCCCACCGCGUGUCAUCUUGCAGACCAGCCCCGAGCCCACAGCCAAAGCUCCUGGGCCCCUGGGCCAGGCCCACCCAGUGCCCUUACACACACCUCACGUCCUGGGCUCGGGGCGUCCCUGACGCGGCCCGUGGGUCGCGCUGGGCCCGACCUGGGGGGCCUCGUUCCAGGGGCUUCUGCAGGAUCAUUUGGGUUCGGGGUCCUGCAGGCAGAGGGUGGGAUCCGGCCGACAGGGCGGAGCCUCAGAGGGCGUGGUCCAGCGCGAGGGGCGUGGUUUUAGGCGCGCGCGGCGGCGAGGUUCUGCGCAGGCGCGGAAGGCGAGCGACGCGGGGCUAGAAGGCCGGUGGGCUCGGCGAGGUGGGGGAGGGGAUCUGGAGUAGCGGGGCUGCGGUGGGAGCUACUUCUUGUUGGCGAUCUUCACGGCGGUCACCUCGGAUCCUGAGGCUCUGGGUAAUACUCGGCGGCCGCCUUCGCGCCGGGACGGCUGGCGGUGUUGGGGCUGUGCGGUGCCCCAAAGGGGAACCGCUCGCGGGCACGUCCAGACGCGUGAAGCUGCGUCGCGCUGAGCACUCUGGGAUUUGUAGUUCUCCACAUGGAGCGAGCUGUGCCAUACGCUGUACCUCUGGGUCAGAUGGAAGUGUUUCAGGCCCUGCAGCGGCUCCACAUGACCAUUUUCUCCCAGAGUGUCUCACCCUGCGGGAAGUUCCUGGCAGCUGGCAACAAUUAUGGGCAGAUAGCCAUCUUCAGCUUGUCUGCUGCUUUGAGCUCUGAGGCCAAAGAAGAAAGUAAGAAGCCUGUGGUCACAUUCCAAGCCCAUGAUGGACCCGUCUACAGCAUGGUCUCCACUGAUCGACAUCUGCUCAGUGCUGGGGAUGGGGAGGUGAAGGCCUGGCUUUGGGCAGAGAUCCUCAAGAAGGGCUGUAAGGAGCUGUGGCGGCGUCAGCCCCCAUACAGGACCAGCCUAGAAGUGCCUGAGAUCAAUGCUUUGCUUCUCGUCCCCAAGGAGAAUUCUCUCAUUCUGGCAGGGGGAGACUGUCAGUUGCAUACGAUGGACCUCGAGACUGGGGCCUUCACACGGGCCCUCCGGGGCCACAUGGACUAUAUCCACUGCCUGGCACUGCGGGAGCGGAGCCCUGAAGUGCUGUCGGGUGGCGAGGAUGGAGCCGUGAGACUUUGGGACCUCCGCACAGCCAAGGAAGUCCAGACCAUCGAGGUGUAUAAGCAUGAGGAGUGCUCGAGACCCCACAAUGGGCGUUGGAUCGGAUGUUUGGCAACUGACUCAGACUGGAUGGUCUGUGGAGGCGGCCCAGCACUCACCCUCUGGCACCUCCGAUCCUCCACACCCACCACCAUUUUCCCCAUGCGGGCGCCACAGAAACACGUCACCUUCUACCAGGACCUGAUUCUGUCUGCUGGCCAGGGCCGCUGUGUCAACCAGUGGCAGCUGAGUGGGGAGCUCAAGGCCCAGGUGCCUGGCUCCUCCCCAGGGCUGCUUAGCCUCAGUCUCAACCAGCAGCCAGCAGCACCCGAGUGCAAGGUCCUGACAGCUGCAGGUAACAGCUGCCGGGUGGAUGUCUUCACCAAUCUGGGCUACCGCGCCUUCUCCUUGUCCUUCUGACCUCUGGCAACACCUCUUCCAUCCCAGGGAUUUGGAGUGCUUUUUUCUUUCUUUUUUUUUUAAUAAAUAAAUUUUCAGGCUAUUUU